AUGAAUGAGUCAGUUGCAGAACCUGAGGUAUUAGAUAGUCAAGCCACAGAACUUGAGAUGUUAGAUCAUCAAAAUGUGGAACUAGAGGUGCUAGCCGCAUACGAUAAUAUGGAUGAUCUUUCUGACAUUAAUAAUCUUGAUGAUGACGAAGGGCUUUUUGUCGGCAAAACUUUUGAGAACUGGGAUCAAGUAGCCAACUUUAUGAAAAAAUAUGCUGCUGCUAAAGGUCAUGGUAUACGAAUCGGUGGUAGUGGAAGAGUAAAUGCAGAAAAUCAAAAAGUAGUAAAACGGACAUAUUUGUGUUACCAUGCUGGAAAGCCAGCAGAAAAAUUAACUUUUAAUAACCAACAUGUUGGUCAUGAACUUAAUCCUUUAGCGAGCUGUUUUGAUCCAAUGCUACAAAAGCUGCCAAAGGACAUUGUUGAAGAAAUUCAUUUUUUAACAGUCAUUGCAAAAGCAAAUGCAACUAUGCAGUAUAGGAUAAUUCAAGAAAAAUAUAAGGUUAGGAUAUAUCGACCAGAUUUGUAUAAUACAAUUCAGAUGUUUUGGCGUGACUCAGUGCCAGGUAAAGAUGAUGCAGAAAUGUUGUUAAAAAGGCUUAAUGAAAAAAAAAUUGAAGAUCCACGAUGGGCUGUUUCAAUAGAAUUUGACCCAGUCACUUCUUCCUUAACUCACCUUUUCUGGAUGAGUCCAGAAUAG